GCCCGCCGGGUCCCCGCCGGUUCCGCCCCCUCCACCUGGCCCCUGCACGCUUCGGGAAGUUCAAUCCGCUGCCGGAAGCCGCUCUUCGGGAGACGGGCAGGUGGGGCAGCGCACAGGUGCAGCCAGCAUGAGUGAGCCUGGGGGGUCAGUGCGAAUCCUAGUGACAGGUGGCACUGGGCUGGUGGGCAGAGCCAUCCAACAGGUGGUAGCAGAUGGAGCCAGGCUGCCUGGAGAGGACUGGGUGUUCGUCUCCUCCAAGGAUGCUGACCUCACGGAUGCUGCGCAGACCCGAGCCCUGUUUGAAAAGGUGCAGCCCACACAUGUCAUCCACCUUGCUGCAAUGGUGGGGGGCCUGUUCCGGAAUAUCAAAUACAAUUUGGACUUCUGGAGGAAAAACGUACACAUCAACGACAACGUCCUGCACUCGGCCUUCGAGGUGGGCGCGCGCAAGGUGGUCUCCUGCCUGUCUACCUGCAUCUUCCCGGACAAGACCACCUACCCUAUUGACGAGACUAUGAUCCACAACGGGCCUCCGCACAGCAGCAAUUUUGGCUACUCCUAUGCCAAGAGGAUGAUCGACGUGCAGAACAGGGCCUACUUCCAGCAGCACGGCUGCACCUUCACUGCUGUCAUCCCCACCAACGUCUUUGGGCCCCACGACAAUUUCAACAUCGAGGAUGGCCACGUGCUGCCCGGCCUGAUCCACAAGGUGCACCUGGCUAAGAGCAGCGGCUCUGCCCUGACGGUGUGGGGCACCGGAAAGCCUCGGAGGCAGUUCAUUUACUCACUGGACCUGGCCCGCCUCUUCAUCUGGGUCCUGCGGGAGUACGAUGAGGUGGAACCCAUCAUCCUGUCAGUGGGUGAGGAGGAUGAGGUCUCUAUCCAGGAGGCAGCCGAAGCCGUGGUGGAGGCCAUGGACUUCCGUGGGGAGGUCACUUUUGAUACAACCAAGUCAGACGGGCAGUUUAAGAAGACGGCCAGUAACAGCAAGCUUCGGACCUACUUGCCUGACUUCCGGUUUACACCCUUCAAGCAGGCCGUGAAGGAGACCUGUGCCUGGUUCACCCACAACUACGAACAGGCCCGGAAGUGAAGUACAGUGUGGGAGCAGGCGCCUGCUGUCCCCGAAGCCCCAGAGGUGACACCCUCAGACCCUGCCAGCACCCUGGGCCCACGUUCUACCCCUCUGCCAGGGCGGCUCCGAGCAGCUGUGUGGCGUGGCCACUAUUUAUGUCUGUCCUCAGGGAAACCAAGGCCUGGCCAGUCCCCUGGUCCUACAUGUGUCCAUUUCUGAUCCUGCUCUCCCGUUCCCUGGGAGCCAAUAAAGUCUAUUUUCCCAGGCCUA